AUGUCUUUUGAAGCUAUGAUCAUGGUCAUGUCCAUGGUGCAUUCGAUUUUGAUAGGAAUUUGGGAUGAACGUAAAGUUUUUGGAACCCGUAUUGAAAGUUUGAAAGACAGCAUUUUUGGUGACAACCCUCCUAUAUUCGAUAACAAUGGGAAUAAGAAUAAUUCAAAUCCUAGCUCUAAGCCCUUAAAUUCCAAAGUUGCAAGGAAGGAUUCCAGUACAGUACUAAAAAAACUGACUGUUGGUGGUAUGCCUGAAAAGAUUGUGACUGCAUACCAAGCUGUGCUUGAUCAACAUUUUGAUGAAGACACAGCUUUGAACAAAUGUAAGAGUACUGUUAGUGUUCUAGAAAAGAUAAAGAAAAAUAUAGACGAUGCUAGUACCAAAGAACAAACAGCUGCUAUGAUACAGAGUUCUGGAGUAAGGCAGAUGUCUCCCCAGUUACAGUCACUGAAUCCAGCAACCUCACUUGCCCCUACAGUCAGUGCAGUGGGAGAUGAGCCCAAGAGAACGGCAGCAGCAAUGGCAGAUAAGCUGGCAUCUUUGUCAGCACCUGUGCAGGUUCUGAGCUCCAUUUUAUCAUCUUUUGUUGCUGAACAUGGCGCUUCACUAUCUUCCAUGAAUAGUGGAUCGCCUUCUGGAGAACUCUCUGGAGGACUGCCGGGCUUCCAGAUUGAAAAGAGGCCUAGGCUUGAGAAAACCGCACAGGGCAGUGACAUGGGUGCUCCUCCCUUUUCUGUGCAAGUGCCACAGAUGCAACAACAGAUUGGAGCAGUGCCCACGCAACUACCAGCGCAGAUCAACCAAGUACCAGGUCCAUUUGCACCACCUCCACCGCCAUUUUUGCCACCGCUUCUGCAACAAUUUGGUCAAAGUACUGGAGGAAUGAUGGAAAUGGGACCUUUCGGGAUGACGGCUGGCUCUAUGCCACCUCCGCCUCCAAUGUCCAACAUUAUGCCGGCAGGUUUUCCAGGACCAAGUGGUCCACCACCUCCACCUCGGCUUCCACCGGCUCAGAACCAACCCCAGCAGCAGCAGGAGUCUCCUCAGGCACCACAGCAAUCACCCACAUCAGCAGGAUUCUUCCAAUCAUCAGCAGGCAUGGGGUUCUUCCCACCAGUGAAGGUGCAACAGUCUCCGUCUGCCCAACGACAAUGA